UUUGAAUGAAAGACUGAAAUAUGAAUAAGAGAGGCCUGAUUUGAAAGAAGAAUAGAAACGACUAUUUAAGUGGCCACUAUCCCUUAAUUUUUGCUUUUUAAUGGCUUUAUGUAAAUGAAAUUUUGAGCUUUCUAACGUUUGUUCAGAUUCUUUGUUAUCCCCUAGUUUUUAUGAUGGUCUUACUGCCAGUUGUUUUCAUUCUUGUCUAAACCUGAUUUAUUCUAGGAAUAUAUGGCCUUUGUUAUAUCCUGUUAAAAGAAGUCAACAUAGAUGUGGUCUCGGGCUUCAUGCGGUGCAGCCUAACAGGGAUCUGGAAAACGUCAUCUAUUUCGUUACUAUGAGCAAGAAAACAUUUUCCAUAACCACUUACUUUGGAAAAGGCUGGCGCUGAUAGACCGUACAAAGUUCACGUAGAUCUUAUCCCUCUGCCCGAGAGAAGCCCAGUCAUUCUGCCACCUCCAUUCAACAGUGAUGGGUCUCCAAGGAUCCCUCCAGCUCUGCUCUCUCCUCACCCUCGUUGUCGGUCUCGCAGCUCUCUCGAUAAACCACAGACCCCAAAAACUUGGGAAUGACGCCGAUGCUGGGGAGCGAAGGGAAGAUAUUCCUCAAAUCAAUCUGGAAUCAGGACUGGACCUAUUUGAGGGAGACAUUGUGUUAACACCUCAGUCUCGCAAUGCUCUGCGUGAUGACAAAUACCGAUGGAGCUUCCCCAUCCCCUACAUAUUGGCAGAUAACUUGGGAUUAAACGCGAAGUCUGUCAUACUAAAGACUUUUGAAAUGUUUCGACUAAAAUCUUGUGUGGAUUUUAAACCAUACGAAGGGGAGCCUACAUAUAUCCAUUUUCAGAAAUUCGGCGGAUGCUGGUCGAUGGUUGGGGACCUGAAGACAGGACAGAACCUUUCCAUUGGGGAGAGAUGCGAUUACAAGGCCAUUGUGGAACAUGAGAUUCUUCAUGCUCUGGGCUUCUAUCAUGAACAGUCAAGAUCCGACCGUGAUGACUAUGUCAAGAUCUGGUGGGAUGAGAUUACUAGCGGCCUGGAACACAAUUUUAAUAAAUAUGAGAAUGACUUUAUCACGGAUUUGAAUACCCCAUAUGAUUAUGAAUCUGUCAUGCAUUAUGGUCCCUUAUCCUUUAAUAAGAAUGAAAACGUCCCAACAAUCACGGCCAAGAUAGAAGCUUUCAAUGAUAUUAUUGGGCAACGCCUGGACUUCUCUGAAAUAGACUUAGAGCGGCUGAAUCGCAUGUAUAACUGCACGGCUUCACACACCCUGCUGGACCAGUGCUCAUUUGAGUUCAUUAAUAUCUGCGGCAUGAUUCAGGGGACCAACGAUAAUGCCGACUGGGUGCAUAUGAUGAGCGAACCGGGUCUUGAGGAUCACACUAUAGCUGGAGGCUGCCAGGACGCUGGCUACUUCAUGUUCUUUGACACCCAUUCUGGCCCCAUUGGAAGCACUGGCCUCCUCGAGUCUCGUAUUCUGUACCCCAAGAGAUCAGAGCAGUGUCUGCAGUUCUUCUACAAGAUGGAAAGAAACUCCCAGGACAAACUAGUGAUCUGGUUACGGAUAGAUGAUGGUGCCGGAAAUGUUAGAAAGAUGAGGAAAAUUCACACCAUUUAUGGUGAUAGGGACAAUAAGUGGAAAAUUGCUCAUGUGACCCUCAACGCCGACAAAAAGUUCCGCUACGUCUUCCAAGGAGUCCACGUUAAUAAUAAGACCAGAGGUGGGAUAUUACUGGAUGACAUCAGCCUCACAGAAACGCCAUGCCCCAACGCUGUAUGGCAAGUAAGGGAUUUCUCCCAAAUCCUGGAAAGCACAACUAAAGGGGAUCGUUUUAUGAGCAAUUGUUUCACCAGCCCAGAGGGGUACGGAUAUGCGGUAUCCAUUUACCCUCAUGGACAAGAAUCAUCGCCCUAUGUAAACUACACAGGGAUCUCGUUUCACAUGUGCAGCGGAGAGGAUGACGACGUUAUGGAAUGGCCGGCCUUAAACAGACAAGCAAUUAUCACCAUUCUUGACCAGGACCCUAAUGUCCAGCUCAGGAUGUCGUCCAGCAGGAGCUUCACAACCUUGAGUUCUCAAGUCAUAGAAUCAAUGAAUAACAUCUCACGCUGGGAAAGGCCUUCCCUUAUAGGAAAGUAUGAUGUUACGUGUGACUGCUACAGAACCCUUGACUUUGGCUGGAGCACAUUUAUAUCCCACAGCCAACUGCACAGGAGGAGCUUCUUGAAAAACGACAAUCUGAUUCUAUUCGUGGAUUUUGAAGACCUUGCGUUCCUCAGUAAAACAGAAGUACCGAUCAAGGCCGCUGCACCACGAGAACAAGAAGUGGUUCUUGAGAGGAGCAAACGCUCUCCACAACAUUUUGGCGAAACUCUGUGCGAUCCCAACCCCUGUUUGAAUGGCGGCGUUUGUGUCCAAGAAAAAGGAAAGGCUUCCUGCAGAUGCUCCUCCAGCCAGGCCUUUUUUUAUGCCGGGGAACAGUGUGAGUCCAUGAAGAUGCACGGGAAUGUCCUCGGGAUGCUGAUUGGAGGAGGGGCAGGUGCCAUUGCCCUCACUAUGGCUAUUCUUGCCAUAAUAAGCCGAAGAUAACUGCACUCCACUUUGCUCACUGCAGAGACAUUAAUAAUAAAAACCA